AUGGACCUAUUGCGGAGUGAACUGCGAAAAGCAACUGAAGAUGGACCCACACUGCAGAACACGGAGUUCGGAUGCAUAGUUGGCGGCAAGAUUCCCGAUAAGCCAUCCAGUGGACCAAACUCAUGGGUUUUCAUCUGUAGUACUGCAGAUCUUCAAGACCAGCUCACAAAGUUCUGGAAUCUGGAAACGUGCCGAAGUCUCAGCACGCAUUCUCUCGAGGAUUUUGCAUGUGAAGCGCAUUUCAAUCCAAUCAAACGGUUCAAAGGGAUGGAACGAAGAUUUGCUGCGAAUCCAGAACUGGAGGCAAUGUACGGAGCAUUCAUCCAGGAAUACCUCACUCUUGGUCACAUGAAGGAGGUUACUGAAGAAGACGAAGCUACAGGAGUUAAGCGUUACUGCCUGCCACACUACGAUGCUCUAAAGCUGGACAGUACAACUUCAAAGCUGCGAGUAGUUUUCGACGCUUCCUGUCAUACAUCAACGGGAAUUUGUUUGAACGGGGUCCAGUAG